AUGGAUGAACCUGUGUCUACUUCCUCCUCUACUUUGGAUCAAAUCACCGUAGCCGUAGUCCAGGUGAGCAGCGAACAAGGCUGCGACUACGCCGAAUACAUCCCAGGUUUCGUCUCUAACGCCACAAGCCGGGGUCUCGUCAAAUUCUACCUCGGUCUCAGCAAGCUCCACGGCUACAUCGCUGUGGCGGUUUGCCUCUUUGGCGUCUUGUCCAACUCCGCCAACAUCAUAGUCCUGACGCGGAGGAAUAUGUCUUCCAGCACCAACACGCUCUUGUUGUGGCUAGCGGUGGCGGAUCUUCUCACCAUGGUAGAGUAUCUUCCCUUUGCGUUACAUUUUUACGUCAUGGAACCGUCAGACCCUACACAUCAUCCAUUCAGUUCUAGACAGUUCCAUUGGAUAUGUUUCCUGUUGUUCCACGCAAGUUUCAGCAUAGUGUGUCACACUGUUGCUAUAUGGUUGACCAUCGCUUUGGCCAUCUUUAGGUACAUUUAUAUUUGCAAGCCGACAAGCGGGGUUCAUUACUGUAGUCAGCAUAGGGCUAGGGUUGUUGUUUUUAUGGUUGUCAUGAUCACCAUCGUCAUUUGUUUACCUAACUUCGCUGUCAACACGUAUGACAUUCAGUUUCCGAUGUCCAAUCUAUUAACGAAUAACGAAGACGUUUACUAUUACCCCACACUGCGCAUGUCCACAACCUUUGACCUUUACCUGAUCCAGGUCAACAACUGGGUCCAGGCCAUACUCAUGAAACUGAUCCCCUGUUUCAUGCUGACGACAUUGACCUUGCUGCUCGUCGUUGCCGUGCACAAAGCCUACCGCAAGCGUCUGAAGCUGAAAUCUCAAGGCCGGAAAGCCGAGUCGGACAAACACGGCGAGCACAACCGUAUCACGGGGAUGCUGUUGGCCAUUGUCGUCCUCUUCACCUUGACCGAGCUGCCCCAGGGCAUCCUGACCCUGAUGAACAUCUUCGUCACCUGCUUCACACAGGUAGUCUACUACAAGCUGGGCGACCUGCUGGACCUCAUGGCGUUGACCAACAACUCCGUCAACUUUGUCCUAUACUGUUCUAUGAGCACCCAGUUCAGGGCGACCUUCGCGGAUAUCUUUUGCCCGGGUCAAACCGCCCAGCCAAAAUGGCUCAAACUGAGGAUUAUUCACUCCCGUUAUGGCGACUCCAACUCUGUUGACGGGUCGGACACAUCACGAACCCGCCGGACGAGUAAAUCCGGCUUUAUAUCAAGGUGCACCGAAUUCACUGAGACAGAUGGGAUCAGCAAGGUCGUCUUUGACAAGGACGACGCUUGA